UUUUUUUUUCUCCACAAACCCUGUUCGAUUUGUUUGUUCGUCACACCGACACCGAGUGCUCACCUGUUGUCUCCACUUCCUCACUUCCUCACUUCUUUUAUACUCCUAUUCUCUUCAUUGCAUUCCACACUUUUUUCACAGUUACAUUUGCAUUCUUACUUACUCUCCAUUACAGUCAUCAUGGGAACAUCUUCUAACCGAAGCUUUGGCUCUUCAUCAAGGAGCACUGUCAGUUGUACAAGUAACAUCAGUAGCAAUAACCACGAUGCAGUCACUGAGCGAAAUAUGGAGUUCAUCUGGUGGCUCGCUAAUCGCUUGACUAGUUACGAUGAAGAGAUGCACAAGGAAAUCCUUGAAGACUUUUUCACUGACGAUGCAAAAUAUGUUCACCCUGCAUUGACAAUUGAGGGUCGUUAUAACAUUCGAAAAGUUUUUCGAGUGUGGACGUCACUCAACAAGGACGAACCGGAAGUCACAAACAUUGUCUUUGAUGGGCACACCGCCAUCAUUUCGCUUGUCCAAAACUUGCGGCCACGCGUCUUUCCGCUUCUCCAUUUGCAGGUCCCAGCAACGACGACUCUUCUUUUUAAAGACACGCCUGAAGGACCCAUGAUUUACAGCCAUCAAGACUCUUGGACUCUUGAGGGCAUUGUCCAGAGUAUGCCACUGCUCGGUUGGUGGUAUGACCAUGUUGUCCGCAAUGUAUUGGGAGCAGUGUUGACAAGUGCAGGAGGAUUUCUGCAUACCGCCAACCAAACCACAGGUUACCUGCAGUUUCGUGCAGAGGAAGUCCAGAAGCUGUCGACUGAAAUCAUUGAAAAGUCAAGUACCGAGAUCCAGCAGCGCUCCAGAGAGAUGACUGCCAAGGCACAGCUAAUGGUUGAUCAAGCCAAAGAUACGGUGGAGAAGAGAGUUGCAGGUGCACGUGAAGAAGUCGCAAAGAUGAGAUUGUUGAUGCGACCUGGCGGACAAGGGAAUCCAAAAGCCAUCACUGCUACCAGUGUCACUCACUCUGAGACCGAUACUAAGACUGAGACUGAGACUGAGGCUAGCAACGUUGUAGCAUAGUUUUGGCUCUAAAUCUCAUGUUGUAGCUACUUUUUUAAUGCGCAAAAGAAAGGUGAAGAAGAAAGAGGACAUUU